AUGCUGCAUUCGAAAAAUCAGCUUCGUGUUGUUGAAGAAGUCAGGGAAGGAGAACGGCUCGUUGUUGUGGCCACCAAUGUGGCUGAAACAUCUUUAACUAUACCUGGGAUAAAGCAAGGAAGUUACAAUUUGCAGAGCCCAGUCACAUUUGUGCGCCCAAAAAUUCCCAUAGCUCCAGUCGCACAGGAAAUCCUAAGGCCCAACCUGCCAUAUCUUGGUUUUCCUUGCGGUCGCAUCUUGGCUUCCCAUGUUUCGGCCGCAAUCCAGCCUCACUUUGACAUAGAGCCCGGCCGAUAUUUCCAACAGCUCCAACAUUCUCGGCCGCCACGAGGUUCCUUGGAGACCCGGCCGAGAUUUCCCAAUUUCUCCAGCACCUCCUACCGCACCAUCUCAACAGCCCGGCCGCAUAUUUGCAAACUCUUCCGCCCGAUUUCUAAAGAGCCCAGAUACUCCAGCCCUAACUUUGGAGACCGACAAAGGCCCCAGCCACAAAGAGCUUCCAGUCCAAAAAACCGGGCAACAAUUCACUCAUCCACAAUCCUCGGCCGCACCUCCUUUGAGGACCUCCGGCCGCGAAUUUCUCCAAUCCCGGUUGAGAUUUUCAACUCCACUCGAACUGCCCAACUUGCUAGGAAAACAACUACAGCCGCCACCAUCAUUCGACACAGUCGGCCGCUCCAAUCUAGCAAGCCCUCGAAGCCCCAAUCUAACGAGCCCCGGACGCAUUUUCGAAAGCCCAGGGACUCCGAAACCCAGCUGCCCCGUUUCACCCGUGCCCAGCUAAUUCUCGCGCCCGGCCAAUUCUCGUGCCCGGGUUAG